CCUAACGGAUGUCCACGUGAACGUUUUUGUUAGCCGCCUUUUUGAAUCUCCUGGCCAGAGAAGGCUCACGCGCCCUGGCGAUCAGACACGUUAUCUUAUCAGUCCCGCUCAGCUUUGAAGCAGAUCCACACACACAUAAGAAAAAGGGCGCGGUAAAAACUGAGGACGUAUAAUCGUUUGUACAUACGGCGAGAGGAAUGUCAUCAAUUGUGAAAGAAAAAGUAUGCGUAUCGGGCAGCCAUUCUCACGGUCAUUUGACUGGACGUGCCAAAAUUCUUGUCCGACUUUACUUGUGCUACCGUAAGCUUUAAACAAGUCUCACUUUUGUGUUAAAGUCGACAAGAAUCCGUCUGCUGGGGGUGACACGUCUGCAACGGUUAGGGCUUUUGAAGGUCGUAUAAUAAACUAAGUUACUAACUAUGCUUCCUCUUCGCUCUUUCUCCCAUACAUCUAACCUUUCUUUUUCUUCGUCCCCUUCCAAUCCUCCUUUCCACUUCCCUUCAACCAACAACCAUCCACCAAAAACUUCUUCCUUGAGGGGGUCGAAAUUACAACCUACUGCCCGUGCACAGCGCUCAACAAUCCCUAAGGCUUCUCUUAAUAUCUUGUGCGCGUUGUGUGCGUCUCAUAGCGUAGUAUGGUGCACUGUAGUAAGAAUGGGGUGGCGAGAGGAGCUUGCGCCCCGUCUGUGUGUAAGAGCUUGGUGUCUACUACAAAUAGUUUACUCGACUUGUCGAGUUAUCUUUCCUACGCCAACUUGUUGUGUUUUUUCGUCCCUCCUUAUUCUUCAGUUUUUUCUCGUUUCCUGUCAGGUUCGGAGGUACGCUGUCGAGCUGCUUUACAAAGUUUUUGACAACGGUUCCUGCACUGCCACAAUCAGAAAAAAGAUUGCUUACUGCUGACGCUCAUCUCUAAGCCUCGGACAAAAACAUUUUUUUUUUUUACGUCGUUCAAUAACAAUAAUAAACAAAAAAUUAUUGUUAGGCCACAUCAUGGCUCCUCGUGAAGUGAAAUUUACAAAAAAUCGUAUUGGUGGUGUGACAUUAUUCAUCGAUGGAUUCAAAUACCGAAUUAAUCGUCGUUCAGGCAACACCGUUUAUUGGCGGUGUUUCCACCGAUGGUGUCAUGCUAAUGCAGUAGUCGAAAAUGGUAAACUGAAAUCAUCUUGUGGCGAACACAUAUGCCAACAUCAAACUCUCAACGGCGGCGCCCUUUCUAGACCGGGACGCCACCGCCAGUUGCCACAACAGCAGCAGACGCCAUCAGCAGUCACUCAGCAGACGGCGGUUCAACUUCAGCAGCGACCGACAACCUCCUCGUCGUUGCCUGUCCAACAGCUCGCCAAAGGUCCUACCGUCAAAAUGGCCACGCGUGCAGCUCAAGGCUCGGCUACUCACACAUUAACUCGGAAUGCCAACAAGGCCAAAGCUGCAGUCAGAUCUCAGAAACCUCCGACAAACAAUAAUAUGGUCAUUCGACGCAAAUCCAAGGCCACAGAAGAGGAUAUCAAAUCAAACGCUUCAGUGCAGCAUAGUCAGCAACAACCACCGGCGUCGACCGAUUCGCCCCAGUCUAACAGUGUUCCAGAUUCGUCUCCCAAACAGAAUGAAGCACCCAAGUACAAGAUUUCAGCUGAAUGGAAACGGCGCGUGAGGUCUGAGUACAUGCGAAUUCGCCAGUCUCGUCGAUAUAAACGGGCUGACGAAAUUCGUGCUGCUUGGGCAGAUAAUAGAAAAAAUGUCAAUGAGAGGGUAGCUGCCAACCAAAAGAAAUGGGAAGUAAGCAAAGCAUUUUGGUCGUGCAGUCAGGAAUGGCCAGCUCACAGUCAGUGCAUGAAGAAAGUUAAACCAGAUCAUGGUUUGGGAGUCAACACUGACCAGAAGCAAGUACCUGUGAAAAUCAUCAAUGCAGUGGCACCUGUACCCACCAUGUACUCUUGGGCUGGACUACAGCAAAAUUUCAUGGUGGAAGAUGAAACAGUUCUGCAUAAUAUCCCUUACAUGGGUGACGAAGUGUUAGACCAAGAUGGGACGUUUAUCGAAGAACUGAUAAAGAACUAUGACGGGAAAGUUCACGGAGAUCGCGAAGGGGGUGUCAUCGACGACGACAUUUUCGUGGAACUAGUCACUGCCUUAGUCCCUUACUGCGAAGAAGAUGAAAGAUCUGAACCACCUAGCAGUUUAAAAGCUGACAAAGCAGAGAAACCGGACGAAGGUGCUCGGUGCGAUGCCGUGACAGUGACCAAAGAGAAACCAGCUGGCACCUCCGGCUCCACAUCAGCGAAAGAUCUUCCUAAUAUCAUCGUGUUUCAAGCAAUUGCCUCCGUAUUCCCUGACAAAGGAACACCCGAAGAAUUACGAGAAAGGUAUAUGGAAUUGACGGAACGAGUUGACCCAGUUGCCCUCGGCAGUGAAUGUACUGCAAAUAUUGACGGGCCGAAAGCUCCAUCCGUUCAGAGGGAGCAAGCUAUGCACUCAUUCCACACAUUGUUUUGUCGCCGAUGCUUUAAAUACGACUGUUUUCUUCAUCAAACUCAAGGAGCUGUGCCUCGUCGAGGUCUUCAGUCAUAUCACCCUGGGCCCAACAGUCAAAAGAGAAAGUGUAAUGAUCUCAAACUUCCUAAGCAGCCAUGUGGACCACAGUGCUACAUGUACCUGGAAGGUCUACUGGAGAGAUUGGCAGCACAAGCGGCAAAAGAAGGUGAAGAAGCAGAUGGGCAGCCCCUUAAAAUUCGGAAGACUGUUUCUCUGGAUUCGGGUAAUGAGGCUUCAUCUGAGGAUAGCAAUGAUAGUAGCGUCAAAGUUGAGAAUGGCGGCGACGGAAAUUCGUCGGGAGCUAUCAAAGAUGAGAAAGAAAUAGAAUGUGCAAUGGAAGUCGUCGUUGAGAGCCAUAACCCACCAGAAUCUGUUGCUCCCAAAGUUAGUAAGGCGAGUAACGCGUCGACACCGGCCACCUCAAACGAAAACUCGAAUAGUUCUUCGAGUCUGGUACCUGAACGCAAGAACAGCCUUACUGAUAAGGCAGGACCAUCGAGGGAGAGCAAGUCCAACGAAUCCGGGACAAGCACACCUCUUGCUCAAGCGCCACCUGCUCACGAGUUAAAUCCUCUAAAAGGCAUUGACCCAGAGGUGCAAAUCGUCUGGUCAUCAUCGGAACAAACUCUUUUCAGGGUGGUGCACCCAAUUUUUCUCAACAAUUAUUGCGCUAUUGCCCAGUCUAUCCUUAGCAAGACUUGCCAACAGGUGUAUCGGUUUGCUCAACAAGAAGCCGCUGAUUUACCAACUCUCGAAACAGAGAAAGAGGCUACCCCGCCACGUAAAAAGAAGAAGAAAUUACGACUCUGGUCAGUCCACUGCCGAAAGAUCCAGCUAAAGAAAGAUGCCUCAUCCAAUCACGUUCACAACUUCACACCUUGCGAUCAUCCUGGGCAGCCUUGCGAUGCUAGCUGCCCCUGUGUUAACGCGCAAAAUUUUUGCGAGAAAUUCUGCCAGUGCAGCUCAGAUUGUCAGAACAGGUUUCCUGGUUGCCGGUGCAAAGCCCAAUGCAAUACCAAGCAGUGCCCGUGUUUCCUGGCAGUUCGUGAAUGCGACCCCGAUUUGUGUGGAACUUGUGGUGCGGAUCAGCACGACAUUUCCAAAAUUACCUGCAAGAAUGUCAGCGUUCAACGUGGAUUACGUAAACAUCUUCUCAUGGCCCCAUCGGAUGUUGCCGGAUGGGGUAUAUUCUUAAAAGAAACGGUACAAAAGAACGAAUUUAUUUCCGAAUACUGCGGCGAGAUUAUCUCACAAGACGAGGCCGAUCGACGAGGAAAAGUGUACGACAAAUACAUGUGCUCGUUUUUGUUCAACCUCAAUAAUGACUUUGUGGUUGAUGCUACAAGAAAGGGUAACAAGAUCCGCUUCGCCAAUCAUUCGAUUAACCCAAACUGUUACGCCAAAGUAAUGAUGGUGAACGGUGACCACCGAAUCGGCAUAUUCGCCAAACGGUUCAUUCACUCUGGAGAAGAGCUUUUCUUUGACUACAGGUAUGGCCCUACGGAGCAACUGAAAUUUGUUGGUAUUGAGAGAGAAGCCGAAUUCCUAUAAAAUAGUUUUUCGAUCUGCAAAUUUUGAGGCCUUUACGGAGUUCGUCAGGUUCAGUACUUAACUGAAUGAACGAAAAUAUCGUAUUUAGACUAAAUAACACGUUUUGUGCUUUAUGUAAAUCAUGGUGUUAAAUCAUGCCUAUGUGUUGUAGUAAUUCGAUUUUAUCGUAAAUCAGUUGAUAGUGAAUAUUCUUUCUCACGUUGUUCGCUGAUCGGUGUGCGUUGGCCAUUGACGAGCACUUAGAUCAAUAAUAAACUAUGUUCAUAAUCA